UGAGUCUUUGUUGAGAUACUUACAUCAAGAAGCCCUCCCACUCCCAACAACCAUGGCUUCGGUUCCGGUGAAGCCUCUACCUUUCGGACGCUUACAGCUUAUUCUCCGGAAUAUUACUCCAACGGUUCCAAGUGCUCAGUCAAUGGUUUCAGCCUCUUUCAAACACCAUCAUUUCUUAGGACUCUCAUCUUAUGAUAUAUGUAUCUAUGAAUCUGUGAGGCAUAUGAGAAACCUUAGGUCUUGGAGCACUCGCCGGCAAGUAAGCAAAAGCCCCGGCGUAUCUAUGCCGGUAGCUUCUGCUGAAGAUUUACCUGCGGUUUCUUGGGAUUCUUGGAAGCCUGAGAAGACUACGGUGGCUCCGUCGCUGAGUGACGUCAUUUGGCCUGCAGCAGGAGCGUUUGCGGCAAUGGCGAUACUGGGAAGGAUAGAUCAUAUAUUAAACCCUAAAGGUAUCUCAAUGUCGGUUGCACCACUUGGUGCCGUCUCUGCCAUUCUUUUCACCACUCCUUCUGCCCCUGCUGCUAGGAAAUACAAUAUAUUCAUGGCUCAAAUAGGUUGUGCAGCCAUUGGAGUGUUGGCGUUUUCCAUCCUCGGGCCCGGUUGGCUCUCCCGCAGCACCGCCCUCGCGGCUUCCAUCGCGUUUAUGGUCCUUGCUCGUGCUAAUCAUCCGCCUGCGGCGAGUUUGCCACUGAUGUUCAUUGACGGAGCGAAGUUACAAAAGUUGAGCUUUUGGUACGUACUAUUCCCAGGUGCAGCCGCCUGUAUCCUCCUCUGCUUCCUCCAAGAGAUCGUGUGUUACUUGAAGGAAAACUUGAAAUUUUGACGAAUGGAAAUGGAACAUGCACGUGUUUAUACGUAAGUAUACACACAUUUUGGUAUGGUGGGGGAGAUCAUGUGCAGAAUCUUUAUUCAUUAUAAACGUUUAUGGUAGAUGGUAGACAUAUUCGUAUCCUAUAUUUAUAAUAUAUACACAUAUACAUGCCUACAAAGCUUGUUAUUUAUACUUCUUUCAGUUUUUGGUUUUUACGUUGAGCUCAAUUAUUCUAGAGAAACGAUAUUGCUUAUA